AUGUGCGGCGGUGCAAUCAUCUUCGACUACAUCCCGGCGCGGCGCCGGGUGUCCGCCGCCGACCUCUGGCCUGAUUCCGAAGCCGACGCUGAGUACUCUCACGCCUCGCACACCCCUGCCCCUGAGGGAGCGCCGCGCGCGAAGAAGGCGAAGCGUGGCCGCAAGAACCAUUACCGCGGCAUCCGGCAGCGGCCGUGGGGCAAGUGGGCGGCGGAGAUCCGCGACCCCGUGAAGGGCGUCCGCGUCUGGCUCGGCACGUACCCCACCGCCGAGGCCGCCGCGCGCGCGUACGACCGCGCCGCCAGGCGCAUCAGGGGCGCCAAAGCCAAGGUCAACUUCCCCAACGACACCUCCUCCAGCGGCGUCACCGUGCCGACGGCCGCGGCGCCGGGGGCUGCUGCUGCUGCACUGCAGGCCCCGGCCGUUCUCCCGGCGCCCAAGGUGGAGGCGCAGACGCAGGUGUCCGACGAGGUCAAGGAGCUGUUCGAGGAGCUGAUGGCCUCCGAGAACUACAUGAACUUCCUCGGCAUCCCCUACAUGGAGGGCUGGAAUGCAGCUGCUGGUGCUACCACCGCUGCCGCUGCCGCUGCCGCCGUCGCCGAAGAAGCGCAGGUGCCUGCGCUGGCCGGUCUGUGGAGCUUCGAGGACUGCAACGACCCGACGUCUCUGUCGCUCUUCACUGAAUAA